AUGGAGAGGCAGUUCGACUCUUUCCCGUCGUCCACGCUGCAAUUGUCGCUUUUAGAUCGCGGUGGGAGUGCCCAACAAGCCUCAAGAGCGACACCGCCGGUUCAGAAGAACGGCGUCAAAGACUAUCUCGACAGAGCGAAGAACAACGUGGGGCCACUUCGUGACCUGCUACUGUCAUUCGGGGUCUCCGUGGUCUACAGCAUCGUCUACUGGAUAUUCAUCUACUUUGUGCUCAUUCGUGGCAAUAUCCAAGUCGGAUCCGUCCUCUUCGAUGCGUCCAAGACCAAUUUGUUGGUGUCAAUCUUUUCGCAGUUUGCAGCCAUCUUGUUCGACAUGGUCAUACGAGACCUCUUUGGCUGUCUGAGAAUGGGCUUUGCGAACACGCGCCGCGGUUUGUCUCUCGUGAACUUUCUCGGAAUGGGAGCCUCGUCCUCCCGGCUGUCGACCUUGGAGUUCACAAUCAUCAAAUGGGUCAGAGACAAAUGGCGUGGUUUGUUCAAUCUGUGGUGCGAGCUUAGGCUUGCUAUACCUGUCAUGGGCCUUGCGUUCGGCUCCGUACUGAAGUUCCAGGCCGAUUUCUUGUAUUACUUCGUCUCUGAUCAUGUCCAGAUCCCGAUAUUCGCUGGACUCGUGCCAAUCGAUCUGCGAACGCUUAUCACCAUCCCGGCGUCAGAUUUAUCAAUGUACUUUGCGAUAUGGACUGCGAGUCUACUCUCUAAUACGAGGUAUGCCGUCGACAUACCGUUCGACACAUGCGGCGAAAACUGCAGGUCCUUGAUCCUUCCGGGAGGCAUCGAGAUGGCACGACAAUUCAAUUCAUCAUUGAACUACACCAUCUUCGAUAGUGGUUUGUUGGAUGAUGCUGAGACAGUUCGCAUCGAAAAUGCGCCUGGAUUGAUUCUCACAUUCGAGGCCUUAAGAAGUGACUUCCUCUUCGACCCUGAUAGUAUUUCAGGCGAUUGCGUCUUUGGAGGGCAGAUGAUCAACAAUACCCUUCAAUUCUGCGUUAAGCAGGUGCAUCAUUCUUUGGCCGUUGGCUGGGCAGCAUGCCCACAAGACCUCUACGACACGAAGAAAUGCAACGAUAACAGAACGUGGGUCUCUGGCUCAUUGGGAUGGUCUACGAAUAUGACUGCAUACAAGCAGUUCACGACUACAUCUUAUGAUCGACAAAAUUCGUCUAUCAUAGACGUUCAAUUGACAAGUAAGCCACAGCCAAUGUUCCUGAACGCAACCGAGUUUAUCGCCAUCGCCAAUCGAGUCCUGAUACCCACUUCUUUUGAAAGCGAAGUGGACAAGAAUAACAUAAAUGCCCUCAAUUACUUCCUGACCUGGGCUCACCGGACGUAUCGCUAUUCGUUCCCGGACGACAGGAACACUCUCAUCACGACCCUGCACAACUUUCUUGCAGUGCCUCUGCAGUUCACGGUCACUGCUGUGCAAUUCUCAAAUUACACAGCCGAACAGUUGGGUCUCGGCUCAUUUCCGAUGCCAAAUGACACAAUCACUGUAGCAACCAGUGGCCGGUCCAGCUCACGGCUGUUCAUACAGCCCUGGGCGGGCUGGCUCUUCAUCGCCGGGAAUAUAGUUCUACUUGCCUUCAUCUUCGGGGGAAUCAUGUUCAUGCUUCUGCAGGAAGCCAAGCUCCCGCACACAACAGGGGUGGAGGAACUUGACGUCGUCCGGUCACUAGAAACCAUAAGAUGUGCAAAAAGACCUGACAGGGCCGCUAGACAACCAGCUGCUUCUGCUGCGGCGAGGCCGCUCUCAAGGUCUGCCGAGGAACUCAAUGGGGUACCGUUAGAUCAUAUCGCACUGCAUUUGACAGCAUCUGAACCAAUUUCGAGCUGGGCCCGGAUUUUAUACCUUCGGCAGUGGAGGGUGUUUAAUACACGGAACAACACCAGACACGGGCAUCGCGACUAA